UCACAGUACUUUAGUAGUGUUCUGUUGCUGUAUUUGUUUUCGAACGCUUUUAAAAUUACAUAUAUACUUACUAUUUAGAACGUUAAUAUCCAUAACGAUUGAGUAGCAACAGUAUAGCAACUAGUUAGCCAUCAUGGUUGUCAAUACAGCAAAACAUACAAAGGGUAGAGGCAAAAACACUCAUUUGCCGCUGGAAAAAUCUGACGCGGAAUACAGCGGAUACCGCGAUAGGCCAAGAAGAAAAUGUGGCAUUGUGACAAGCCUUGUAUUCAAUCUGAUGAUGUUUGGUAUGCUCAUUGGUGCCGGCGUGUAUUUGUGCCGUUACAGACGAGAGAUAUGCCGUCUGAAAAUUGAUCAUGGAAUCACAAUAGCUCAAAUGAUAGGAGUCGAGUAUGAGGUAGACAACUGCAAGGUACAACUGAUCUACAAAGAUGGAUUGUUUAGUGCCGAACCUCUACAAUCCGAAAACAACGAGAACGACGUUUCCACAGAAGAGGGGAAACUUGAGAUCGCCCCGGAAAUUCUGGAAAAUAUAGAUGACGAAAGAAUGCACCGCAGAGGAAGGCGCCGAAAGCAUCAUCGUCGUCCUCGCCCGAAACAUGACAAUGUACCCAUACCGAAAACACCCGAGUGAAAAUAAAUUACGAAAUGCUGUAUACAACCUCAUCUCAUUAAUUUUUCACAAAAUCAUAAAUUUUCCAUUUAAAACUAUUACUUUCUUGAAUAUAUGUUUUUAAUAUAAUCCACAGUAAAAGGCCAUGGGAGGAGCGUUUAAAUGGGAGGGAAAAUCGAAAAAUUGAGUUUCCAUUCACAAACCCUAUAACGCAUAUAACUAAUGCCAUUGAAUACAAUUCUAAAUAAAGUAAAUUAAUUAAUACAGGUAUCACGGAUCUCUUGCAUAAUGGUUGCACCAUUUUGAAAAAAAAAAUCGAAAGUCGAUAGGGACGUUCGCCCCCAUUUUCUUGUCCCCAAAAGUAUAAUGAAACGUCAUAUGUUUUAAUGAAUUUAUUCUAUAAAAGUUUGCAAAGCAUAGUCGCCAAAUCCUAUAUUUUGAACUUUUUUUGUUUUCUGUUUAUAGGAUUUUGUAUGUGGACAGCCGCAUUAUUUUUUCACGACGGCCGCUGUGCACCGUUGUUGUAGAAUGUAGAUGAACCGCCUGAUAUACUUUCUUCUCAUGGUCAGCCACGAAAUCGCAGCAAAAAUAAAUUAUAGAUUCACGCUAUUAUGCAUUAUUAAUUAUUUUUCAAUGUAACGAACAGCAGCUGAAAUGAUUUACCUCUAUUUGUUCUUAUUUUUAUUUUUGAAAUAUCUAUUUUGAACGUUAGUUGAUUGUAAAUAUAUAUAUGAUAAAAAUUAUAAUGAAUAAUGAAGCCAGCUCGCGAUCUGAGUAAGAGAUUAUCUUCCCGUUGCGAACAAAUUCAACAUUACAAUUUUCUAGACCAUUGUUUAAGUCAUUCAGCUGUAACAUUCUAAACAUUAGAAAAGUUGGCAGAUGUUACUGAACCAACAAUGAUCCUAAAAAUUACAAAAACUUCCGCAUUGCUCAUGUUUUCUGAUCUACUUUCUUCUCAUGGUCAGCCACGAAAUCACAGCAAAAAUAAAUUAUAGAUUCACGCUAUUAUGCAAUAUUAAUUAUUUUUCAAUGUAACGAACAGCAGCUGAAAGGAUUUAACUCUAUUUGUUCUUAUUUUUAUUUUUUAAGUAACUAUUUUGAACGUUAGUUGAUUGUGAAUAUAUAUUUUUGAAACAACUAUUUUGAACGUUAGUUGCUUGUAAAUAUAUGAUAAAAAUUAUAAUAAAAGUUUUUUGUUCCGUCGAAGAAGACGACGAGCCUGGUUUACCAAUUCAGCGAAUGAUUUUCCUAUUAUUACAGUCAUUUUGUGUCGCUGCAAUUAUGAC